UUCGUGUUGUUUUUUGUCUGGCUCAUUCCCAAUUUCUUGCUGCUCCGAAAAUUUUGUGCGCUUUAAGCUUACCCGAUCAGUUCAAUCUGUCCAACAUUCCCCUUCAGUUAGUAACUGGAAAUUCGUAGUACGUGUUCCAGCUGUACUAACAUAAUCAAAUUCGAUUUAGUCAGCCAUCUUUGUUUAUUUCACGACUUACGUAAAGUGUUCGGAUUCCAGAAGUUACUUUUACCAUAUGGGAAACUUUUAAUGACAGCAGCGACGAAUCGUAUUGAUUAGUUUCGUUUCGAAGCAAGAUAGCAGUAACGUAUAAAGAUCAAACGCAAGGAAUUUGAAAGUAGCCGAGUAAUUUUUGUCUCCAACCACCUAUGUUGGUUCUUCUUGUUAUUAUCAGUACUCCUGUCGUCGUGAAUCUAACACUAUGACCGGUGUCCAAUCUAUUGACAAACCAGCUCAUGAUGUAUGCAUGCUUAUGUAAACUUGUUCUAAUUGUGUUUCAUCAACAUUAUGUUUAUAGGAUAUUACUAAAGGAUCUGAGUAGUUUUCCUGAUGUUGCACCAGGGUUUUCCAUCUUCAUUUAUUUGUCUCUAUAAUGCUGUUUCAGAACCAAUAACUAGUCUGCUUUUAAGUGAGCCGCUGCAUUAGUAUUUAUCUAAAACAUUCAGAUUAUUUAGUUGGCGUAAAGAUUGUGCUCCUCGUAAACUUUACUUGCUAAAUGCUUUCAUUUGCGAUCGAUAUUAACUUACAACGAUCGUAAGUUAGAACGUAAACUACCUCUAUUACGCGAUAUUCUCCACCGCUACCAGCGUUUUACAGUACCCUUUACUUUUCGUCUGUUUACUUCAUCUGCAGUUCUAUGCAACCAUCGGCGUCGUUUCUCCCUGUUUAUGGCUGUUGUGUUAUAAACUGCCGUACUGUAGAUCAAUCAACAUUCCUCCUAGAUCGCCUAUUACUGAGAGCGAUGUUUUUGUUCAUUAUUUGAAUUGUGCCAAAUUUAUCGUGCAAUAGUUGAAUAAUAUCACCAACCUUGAUAAAUAAUACUCGCAUCCUGAAGCUGUAUACAUAGCGCUUUGGUAAAGUUGCUAAAACGUCUGUAUUUUUAGGUUUUGCUUUUCUAGUAUUUGUCUGUAAGUUAAAAUUAUACUCCAUUUAGUUCUCCAUAGCCGUUUGCCUAGUAUUUUUAACAUUUACGUAUGGUGUAUCUCGGAAUCCUGUAUGGAAUCAAGUACAUAAUUAUCCAUUUGCAAUAUUUAGACGGUCUUCUACAUCGUGAUUAUGUAUAAUUACCAACUUCCCUAAUUUUGUAGGUCCAUCGGAUAGCUUGAUAAAUGAAAUUGAAGAAAUCGAAACUCGAGCUUUGACUUUGAUGACUUCACCAUCUCCUAUUUUCGAUGAUUGUGACGGAGCAAUGGAUUAUCAAAUGGAAUUAAUCAUGAAAAAAUUAGAACUUCAAGCUAAAGAGUGUCUUCUAGCUUGCAAAACUCUUGCUUCCACAGGUACUCCAAAAACUAAGCAACCGCAGUCAACGAUAAGUGUUACAUCAGAUGUGUCAUUGUCUGAGAAUGAUUCUGUGUUUCCAACUUUUGGAAAGGCCCGUGCACUGCUUGAAAAUUACACAAAUAUACUUUAUCCGUCAUUAUGGGAUUCAAAAUUCAAAAUGGAUGCCUUAAAAAUAAAACAGGAUAUUACCUGUGCAUGCAGUCAAAUCAGUUCACAUGACCCGCUUCAUUGUAUUGGUAGAUUAGAGUGUCUAUUAAAUAUUUUUAGACGUACCACUAUCACUGAUUGCUCAAAACAAACAAAUUUUGAGAAAUUACGAAACACCAACCAGUUAAUCGACAGUUUUGCAUGGCAAUGUCUCUAUUCUUCCUCCAUUUCUCAAGCAGAAAAGCAAUUCGCGUAUAACAUUGACAUAACGUUGGUAUAUGCUUCUCUGCUCUCUGGGAUUUUCUCACUGUUUCCCGAUAAGCUGUUUGAAUUCUUCGGUCGAAUAUUCCUUGCUUGUCCGGCAUUGGGAUUAUUUUCUGAUCCAAGUGGUCUUAACUUAAUCGAAGAAAUGUUCUCAACCACUGAUAUUCUGUCUAAUUGGCGUGGAAUAGCUCGUUUGUUUACCGCACUUUUAUUGGCACAUCCACCUCCACAUCUUGGGGUUUCUCGACACAAACUUCUUAAUCCUUCACUCCUUUGGCGAGUAAUAACAGGGAUAGUAAAUCAAGAAUUUAUUCCUUGUGCAACUGCUGAAGUUUUACAUGGGAUAUUAGAACUUGGAGGCUUUGUAUUUGUAAAUCUCUACGGUAAUCAAGCAAAACGUCUUUUCAAUACCAUCGGUAUGAUUGUUAAUAAAUCACCUGUACUACGCCAAUCACUACCAGAAAUACAAUUAUUGUCGUUGCUUGAAAAGUAUGAAAGUAUCGAUAAAAUGCCAGAUCGAAUCGGUUUUAUUGAUAAGAGUUUUUGGGAUUCUGUGUGAUGUUCACUUGUAUAUAAAAAUAAUAUUUGUUUUUAUAAUUCGAGACUUGUAUAUAUUUACUUUUGUAAAUAUUAAUAUACUUUAAAAAUAUAGUAUCGUAUCACACUA